CUAGGACCUCCGCUUCUUGGCCCAUCCUCUCUACUAGUAUGCCAAUCGUUCCAUGAUUUGGAGCUUAUCCGUCGCAAAAGUCGACUGUUUGAACAGCGGCGGUCUCAAGGUUACCCUAUUGUUUACUUGCCGAAGUUAAAAGGUGUAUUUCAAAUAGCAUGGAUCCUACAGAUCAACCCCACGGUGAUGCGAGUCGUGAGGCAGCUGCGGGCCUGUGCUCAAUAUGCCGAGGCCUGAAUCUCCACCGGGACAAGUUUAUCCUCGAGUCGAGACAACCCGCGUCCCGCCACUAUACAGCGCAGGCUUUGCAUGGUGACUCGCUUCGUACGUUACGCGCAGAGACACAGUUAACGUCAGGGAACGGGGAAUGUAUCUUCUCGAGUUUGGAUAUCAUUUCGCAGCAGCGGGGUGAUUGCGUCCUCUGCAAUGUCAUUUGGCGAGCUGUAAAUCGGUACAGUGGCAACAAAGCCCCAACAACGGGACCCUUAGGACUUUUAUGGGAGUUGGAUGGUCGCUGUGUUGGUGGGGAUUACAGGCUUGUCAAUCGAACACGAAGAAUCCGGAUCUCGUGGAGGGACACCGAUGGCAGGACGGAGUCAGUCUGCCUCGUACUCGUGGGUUCCCAGAAUGACCCCCAGGAUGAUCACGCAUUCCUUGGCAGAGAAGCGGUGCCUUUCCAGCAAAAGCUCGAUAUUAUGAGAGGAUGGCUAGAGACUUGUACCGAAAAGCACGACCAAAGUUGCUCUGAUGAGCUCGGCACAAGAGCCGAGUUCGAGAGACUCGUCGUGGCUACGUACUUCGGGGUCAUCGACGUCGUUGACAUACAGCUCAAGCCGCUGCCCACUGCUCAAGACGGGCGCCCUGAGAAGUAUGUGGCCCUGAGCUACGUAUGGGGAGAUACAGCAGGCCCUCACGUACGAUACAUGACCACAAGACGUAAUGUGAUGAAGCGCAUACAGGAACGGGGUCUGGGAGAGGACUGGCGGUUCCUGCCAAAGACUAUACAGGACGCUGUGCUCCUGGUCAGGGCCCUUGGGCAGCGCUACCUCUGGGUGGACUCUUUGUGCAUCGUCCAGGAUAGCACAAGCUCAUGGGAGCUCAAUGCCAAGGCCAUGCAUCUCGUAUAUGGUAACGCCUUCUUUACCAUAUGUGCUGCAGAUGGCGAUGCCAGGACGGGACUCCGUGCUAUACAGGACGUGGAUCCUUUGGCGUCUCAGACUGCUGAGACGCGGAAGACCUCCGCGACAUCUCCCCAUAUCCCCCACCCGUACGACACGCCGAAAUUCGAUGUUUACGGCCGGCCCAUCAGGCCAGGGGCCCAAGCCGGGACCGAUUUCACAAGCAUCCUGCCCGAGAACCCGUUUGGGGUCAACCGCGGGCCAUUCAGCAUCGAUUCAGAUCUCUUGGGUGCAGAGGCCAUGCCCGUGUUGCAGUUCUGGACGUUCCGGCACAAGCUCUACAUCAGCAUCCAGGACAGUCAUGGGGGCUCCGCGCCCGAAGCUGGGGAUCUCUGUCAGUGUGACAUACGUGACAGAUCUGGCGACUGGUGUGGGGUCAUCAAGCUGCCACGGUCAUAUGCUGAGACCUGCCUGGACAGGUCGCUUUUCUUUGUUGCACUGUCUGAGGCCAAGAGCUUUACCAUGGGGGAAUGUCCGGUAUGGAACUACUAUAUCCCCAAGGAACGAGAGGACUCCGAGUGGGAUCUGUACUUUGUUUUGUUGCUAGAACGAAACAAGGAGAGGGCAUUAUGGGAGCGUGUUGCACUGGGAAAGGUCUUCAAGGCUGCCUUCAGCGGUUCAGUUUGGGAUGAGAUCAAGCUUGGCUAG